UCUCUCUCUCUCUCUCUCUCUCUCUCUCUCUCUCUCUCUCUCUCUCUCUCUCGCCUUUCAAACCAAACAGCCAAAAUUGAGAGCAAAUCCCAUUCUGGUCCACCUUCUUCAGGGAUUCAUUUCAAUCUGGAGGCGCGGGGGGGAGGAUUUAGGAUUUUCGAUUUCUUAAAUAAAGCUUUGCUUUAGGUCGAGAUGGAUAGUUCGGAAUGUGUUCGAGUGGCUGUCAACAUAAGGCCAUUGAUUACCUCCGAGCUUCUGAUAGGCUGCACAGAUUGCAUUUCUGUUGCUCCCGGUGAACCCCAGGUGCAAAUUGGGUCACAUUCAUUCACAUAUGAUUAUGUUUAUGGUAGCACCGGAUUUCCUUCCAAUGCAGUAUAUGAUGAUUGUGUUGCUCCACUUGUCGACGCGCUCUUCCAUGGAUACAAUGCGACUGUGCUUGCAUAUGGACAGACGGGUUCUGGGAAGACUUACACGAUGGGCACUAACUAUACCGGCGAUGGAAGUAAUGGGGGAAUUAUACCCAAAGUGAUGGAAAGCAUAUUCAAAAGAGUUGAGACAAAGAAGGAUACUACAGAGUUUUUGAUCAGGGUAUCAUUUAUUGAGAUAUUCAAGGAGGAAGUGUUUGACUUGCUUGACCCAAAUUCAUCAUCACUCUCUAAAAACGAUGGGGCAGCACCUACAAAGCCUGCCCCAGCAAGAGUGCCCAUACAAAUUAGAGAAACAGUGAAUGGAGGGAUAACACUUGCUGGUGUCACUGAGGCAGAGGUUAGGACAAAAGAAGAGAUGGCAUCAUAUCUCACCCGUGGAUCGUUAUGUCGUGCUACUGGGAGCACAAAUAUGAACAGUCAAUCAAGUCGUUCACAUGCUAUCUUCACAAUAACUAUGGAGCAAAAGAGGACUGCUCACUUUGUCAAUGGAACAACUCAUGAUGAUAUUGGUGAUGAUAUCUUAUGCGCAAAACUCCAUCUAGUGGACCUAGCAGGUUCUGAGCGGGCAAAACGAACAGGCGCAGAUGGCAUGCGCUUGAAAGAAGGCAUUCAUAUCAACAAGGGCUUACUCGCUCUGGGCAAUGUGAUUAGUGCCUUGGGAGAUGAAAAGAAGCGGAAAGAAGGUGGUCAUGUUCCGUAUCGUGAUAGCAAAUUAACACGCUUAUUACAGGAUUCUCUCGGGGGAAACAGCAAGACUGUGAUGAUUGCUUGUGUUAGUCCAGCGGACACAAAUGCGGAAGAGACGUUGAAUACUCUAAAAUAUGCGAAUCGUGCGCGCAACAUUCAGAACAAGGCAGUUAUCAACCGUGAUCCCAUGGCAACUCAGUUGCAAACAAUGAGGAGCCAGAUUGAGCAGCUACAGGCUGAGCUUCUGUUUUACCGUGGUGAUGCCAGUGCACCAUAUGAUGAACUUCAGAUCCUGAAGCACAAAGUAUCAUUACUCGAGUCAAGCAACAUGGAGCUGCGGAACGAGCUUCAAGAACGCCGAGUCACUUGUGACCAUCUAAAGCAACGUGCUCUUGAUGCCCAGGUUGAAAAAGAUAAACUAGUCAUGAAAAUUGAAUCCGCCCGAAGUGGUAAAUCUUGGGAUGAGAUUGACUCUAAUUCAGUUCAGGACUAUGACUUGCUAAAAGGUUAUGUGUCAAAAAUCCAGGAGUUAGAAGGGGAAUUGUUCUGCUUGAAAAACUUAAACAACUCAAAACCGAAGAGAAUUCUUGACUGUGUUGAGUCAGAUGAUGAUGGCUUUCACUCAAAGAAUAUAUUAUUCCCCACUAUUAAUGAGUAUUCAUCUGAUUAUGAUACCAAAGCUGGGGAUAUUCCAGAUGAGAUUGAAGAUCAUGAAAAGGAGCAAGAAUAUUCUUCACUUCAAGAAAAAUUUGAUAGAGAGCUGAAAGAAUUGGAUAAAGCUCUUGAACAGAAGGAGGCUGAAAUGAAGCGGUUUGCAACUUCUGAUACCUCGGUUCUUAAACUACAUUAUGAGAAGAAAGUUCAGGAGUUGGAACAUGAGAAGAAAUCACUGCAGAAAGAGAUUGAGGCAUUGAGACACAAUCUUGCAAAUAUCUCAUCCACUUCCGAUGAUGGUGCUCAAAAGCUGAAGGAAGAUUAUCUACACAAGUUGAACGUCCUUGAAGGACAGGUUUCUGAGCUGAAAAAAAAGCAAGAUGCUCAAGCUCAACUUCUGAGACAAAAACAAAAAAGUGAUGAAGCUGCAAAGAGACUUCAGGAUGAGAUCCAGAGAAUAAAGACUCAAAAGGUUCAACUGCAACACAAGAUCAAACAAGAGUCUGAGCAGUUUAGGUUAUGGAAAGCAUCACGAGAAAAAGAAGUUCUUCAGCUCAAGAAAGAGGGGAGGAGGAAUGAGUAUGAGAUGCAUAAGCUAUUAGCUUUAAAUCAGAGGCAAAAAAUGGUUUUGCAACGAAAGACAGAAGAAGCUUCUAUGGCCACAAAAAGGCUAAAAGAGCUUUUAGAAUCCCGAAAGACUUCUUCACGUGAAACUUCUGGUGCUGGAAUUGGCAGUGGUCCUGGAAUUCAGGCUUUAAUGCAGGCAAUUGAACAUGAACUUGAAGUCACAGAUCGGGUGCAUGAAGUACGAUCUGAGUAUGACCGCCAAAUGGAAGAGCGGGCUAGGAUGGCCAAGGAGGUUGCCAAGCUAAAAGAAGAAGCAGAAAUGUUAAAACGAAGUAAUUUAAGUGAUUGCCCCCAAGCAAUGUCUCCUGGUGCAAGAAAUUCAAGAAUUUUUGCACUUGAAAACAUGCUUGCUACUUCAUCUAGCACCCUUGUUUCUAUGGCAUCACAAUUGUCAGAAGCAGAAGAGCGUGAACGGGGUUUUAGUGGGAGGGGACGCUGGAACCAAGUUCGGUCCCUUGCUGAUGCCAAAAAUCUGAUGAAUCAUUUGUUCUAUUUAGCUUCUUCCUCCAGGUGCUCGUUACGAGAUAAAGAAGUGGCAUACAGAGAAAAGGACUUGGAAAUAAGAGAUUUGAAGGAAAAAGUAGUAAGCUUGAGUAGUUUGCUUAGAAAAUCAGAGAUGCAGAGGGCUGAGCUUAUUCAUCAGAAUUCAGCCUUGAAGAAAUAUGCCAUGAGCUGUUCAAGGGAUGGUGACCUAAACAAUGGAGGACACAAGUAUGAUUUGCGCAAGCUGGAACACCGGGCAUCAUUCAUCUUGGAGGAUAUGGAUACAUCUGAUUCAGACAAAUCAGAUGCAGAUAAGGAUGACGAGUGGGUAGCAUCUGGGAAACGAAGAUCUAAAAAGAGAAAAUCCAAAAGUGGAAGUUCAAGUGGGGAGUUUCCUUCAUCAGAUAGUCACGAUUUGGGAGGCUUCAAAUUGGAUGGUUCAGGUGAGGGGAUUGUUUCUGUGAAGAAAAGUGAAUCAGGCAUGUGCUGCUCUUGUAGCAAAAUCUCCUCAUGCAAAACUAGUAAAUGUCAAUGCCGAUCUAGUGGUGGAACGUGUGGACCUUCAUGUGGUUGUGUAGAGGCAAAGUGUUCAAAUAGAGAAUCUGUCUCACAAGAGGUGCUUGAGUCUGCACAAGCAGAGACGGCUGAAGGGAUUGGAAAUGAUAUAGGGACUGAUGAAGCAGAAAAGAAUCAGCUACUUGUUACUCAUGGCGCAAGGCUACUUCAAAAUGCAUUGGUUGAGAACUCUAGUGAGACAACUGAUGUUGAUAAACCAAGGAGGGCUCUAUCAGAGAUUGGAAAUACGUUGGUCAAAUCCAAUGCACCAAGACCUAACCAAAGAAAGAAGUGGCGAAAAUCCACAGUACAACUUGUUACAAAUGCUCCGCCUCCCUCGCAGCCAGAAGUUGCUGAAGCACCUCAAAGGCCAGAUAACAGGGGGCACGAGACAAGCAUCCCUAUGAAGCUACCGAGGGCCAUGCGAUCUGCUGCUUCAAAUGGCAGCAACCCAUUUAGAGAAAGGAAUGCCGAUAAACCAGAUCAAUCCGGGGUCAAUAAGGAAGGUGGAAUUCCUACUCCAAGAAGCCCUCUCCGGCAGAACAGAACAUCAGAUGAGAAGGAAAACCGUGGCCUUUAACUUUUAUAGCCUCUCCCCCAUUGGAAUUGUUUAUGCCAUCAGUGUGAAGCUUAGGGGGUGUAUGGAUUUAUAGUGAUGUAGGCUUAGCAUGAUUUUGUUGAAGGUUGCCGCUAGUUGAUGGCGAAAAUACUGCGGCUACGUGGAUUGAUCAAUCCGGAGCCUUGAUUUGUGUUUGAUUGUUGAAGAAAGAUGUAGAUGAGUAGGCCUUUCUUUGCUGCUGUGUUUAGAUGGUGCUCAGGAGUGUUGUUACUGUUAUGUUCUGUCCACAAUUCUUAAUGGCAUUGUAGAUACAAACUGAUCCAUUCGGAGAAAUAUCUUCCACAUGAAUGAUGCUAAACUUGCUUGGUUUUUCCAUAAAAUUGUAUCGCAAAGAUUUUAUUGAA